AUGGCUGAAAACUACCGAUUUUUCAAAAUCACUGCAAUUUUCUUCAUUUCCACGCUUGUCUUCGUGGCAUCAGUCCCGAUUACGGUACCCCGGGAUACUGUAGAUAAUGUGGAGGAGAAAUACAGUGCUGCCCCUAAUAACACUCCGAUAUCAAAAGUCUACAUUUUCGGCCGACCCAUUUACAUAAGAGAGCCGUUUGUGAUCCCGCAGAGGAAUUAUACGGAACAGGUAGAUUUCUCAAAACUCUUCUCUGAUCCUUCCAAACUUCGCAGAAAUCGUGCUUCUUAUGUCGAUGAGGCAGUUCAUAACCAACGACAACAACAUCAACAGUACCCUGAAGCAGUUGGUGGUGGAGGAGGAGAAUAUCCAUACGUACAGAAAUCCAAGUACCCAUUGAGACAGUGCUACACUGAAAGAAGUGGCUACAUGUGUUGCAAUCUGAAACUGGAGAAAGUGAUGCAUAACACCACACAAAAAAUGGCUGAAAAGAAGGCGUGCAACCUGCAAAAAAUGAGUGCAAUGCUGCAAGCAGAAACUGAAGCAAUGUUCGGAACAGAAUUCGAAGCGAUCAGCGCCGUCGGAGACUUUGCUUCGAAAAUCCACUUCUAUUCCGACUAUGUUUGCAAAAUGCAGAGGGAUGGGCGCACGAUUCUGGUGUAUGCAACGCCGAGUCGACACGAUUACGCGGCGCCCUAUACUCAGUAUACUUUGUAA